AUGACCCGCAGCCCACCAACCCUGCUCCCGACGCCCGGUACUGAUUCUGAAGGAAACACCGUUAUUGAGGUGUUUACCAUUCUUGAUUCGCACAGGCGGCCGGGAGUCCCCCCCGGCAAACGGAUCAUUUUGGAGUACAAUGCAUCAUGCCAGCCCGUUGGAUUUAGUGCCGUGCGGUUCAGACGGAUGACCGGAGACAUAGUUAGGAGCGGAAAUUUCGUCCGAAUACCGGACGAUUGGUCGAAGGCAUACUUUUUCGUUCCACCCGAGUACAACUUGGAAGCAGAAGAUACGCCGGACACUAUACGGGCAAGACUGGGGGGACAGACGCUAGGCGAGUACAAUGCCGUCGAUCUGGAUAUCUUAUUGGAGAGAUGGUGUACCCAGGAGAAUAGGGAGUAUGCGGCGAAAAUGAAGAGCUUGCGAGCAUUAAAUGAUUCACCACAUUGCACCGGAUCAAUGAGCUAUGCCAGGUUGACACAUGAGGAGGCCGAACGUUUGGGCCAUCAACCUACUCGUGCACACAAUUAUGUCAAGUCACACACGAAGAAGGGCGGUGGAUAUCCGAAUGAUAUUGUGAAGGAGAGAUGUGAAAAGAUGAAUGAGCUUAUACCCACCGACCCUGCAGCAUCGUCUAGCAUCACAGAGGGAACGGUCAGGUGGGCGCCAAACGACGCAUUCGCCCAGGCAAUGGGAAAUAAGCCUGAGUAUGCCGGUAGGGUUCGGAUGGCCGGACCAAAUAUUCUGCCUGUGCGGGGGACCAUACACUCAUACUAUACACCGUCACAGGCACGGUCAGGAAACGUCAGGUACUCCACGAUAUCACAAGACACACUUGAUAGAGCGCUUGACGCGGAGAGGGCGAAGCACAAGGAAGAGAUGGAUGCGUUGUUGGCCGAGAACAAUGCGCGGGUAGCCCAGCAAGUGGCGGAGCAGAUGGCUGAGAACAAUGCCCGGGUAGCGCGACAGGCAGCUGAACAGGAGGCUGAACGUCAGGCAAGGUUUGACGCCCGUUUUCGCCAACUUGAGGAAAUGAUCCGGUUUCACACCCCACCAGACAAUGCUUCCCCACCCUUUGCGAUGGUGCGAUCGUCGGUCGACAGUGGAUCAGGUAAUGGACAUCGUCGAGAGGAUGCUAUGGAUGUCAAUGAUCGAUAG